AUGGGAUCAAGUGAAUUAUGGAACCAAAUAUCCCAGUACAACGUACCCCGUGUUGCAUUUAAGCAAUUUGUUGCAGAGUUUGUUGAGAAGAAUGGAAGGUUCCCAAGAAUUGCCAUAGAUGGAUACUUAUGGUUAUUCGAAUGCGGGUAUUUCGAUGAACCACAAAACAAAUCGAAGACAUUGUUAAAUUGGUUAAGGAAAUUAAAGGAGAUGUUACAUCUCCAGUGUUUCAUUGUUAUUAUUUUCGAUGGUACGUUCAAGUUAGAUGGAAAAAGGCGAAAAAAGCGCAAAGUCGCAACACUUUGGGACUCAUACUGGUUAAUGAGAUCAAUGAAUCGAUUUAAUCAUGACAGCGUGAGCUAUGUUGAUGAUUAUAUUAUAGAAUGCUGCAAAUUAUUCAAUAUACAAACCAUCAACGCGCCUGGAGAAGGUGAGGCUCAAUGCGCGUUUUUGCAAUUGGUAGGGCAGGUAGAUUUUGUACUCUCGAAUGAUGCAGACGUAUUGUCAUUUGGAGCAAGCAAAGUAUUAAAAAAUUACUCAAAACAUGGCUGGCAAGAUCUCCCAAACUCCUCAAACUCUCCUGUAAAAUCGAAACAGAAUGAACGUUUCGUAACGUUUGUAGAUUUGGAUAUCAUAAAGGAUUGGGACAGAGAUAGAUUUGUAUUAUUCAAUCUUCUAGUUGGGAGCGAUUAUAAUGGAGGAGUGAAAGGCCUCGGAGGUAAGAGGGCAGCUAUAUUGUCCAAAAGCAGAGAGCCAGAUAUUUCGAAAAAGCUUCCUGCUGUUUUAGCGGAUGCUAAAUUCGAAGAAAAGGCCAAAAUUCAACACAAGUGGGAAGAGUUUGGGGAAGAUAUUCUACGAACCAUAAAAAAGAACGGCAAAACGUUGUUCGGAAUGAACCUUAAAUCCAUGAACAGUUUGUCUCGGUUUAAAGAUUGGCCUGAUGUUACUGUUGGACUAUUUUACAGGGAUCCAAUAGUACAGAACUUCGAUCUUUCCAGUAAACCAACACACGCUGAUGUGAAAUUCGAAGAGGUAGAAGCAUUCAUGAAACUGAACGGAAUACCAAGGUUUUUGAUGAAUUUUGAUAAAUGGUUUCACGAAUUCUUACAUCAGUGUUUCAUUGUAUCAUACAUUUGGAAACACCCAGACCCAUUCAACGGUAAUUAUAGGCUUACAGAGUACCAUGAAGUUUCGCUAUGCGAUGGAAUGCAUCAGUACAAGGAGGUAUGCGUACGUUUCAAAUCCUUUUUGUUUACGGAAAUCCAAAAAGAAGUUGAAGGGACUCCUAAAUUACAAAACGCUGAAUUGCCAAGCAGGGCACGAUUUGCAAAGAUUGACUCUGCUAACUCGCCGCGAAAAUCACCUGCUAAAUCUACCAUUCUAAGGCAGAAAUACCCAUAUUACAUGUGGAUACCAACUGGAGUAAUUCCGAAAUCAUUGCUUAUACACCUGGAUAAAGAAAUAGCUGCCGCAAAGACAAGCCAAGCUCUGCGGCUAUCAUCAAAGAAGUCUUCGCCAAAAAAGACUCGAGGAAGAUCCCUAUCCCCACAGAAAAAUACCCUCGACAGGUUUCUAAACAAACGUCAACGCACAGAAGGUCCUAUGAGAGACCUAAUAUCUGCGCUACUACAAGAACAAACAAAUGAAUCGGGUAUUGAACAAAAAGAGGAUCGUGAAAUUAUUAACCCCAACAAAGCGGGAAUAAAGAUCCUGAACAUCGACCUUAUCGAUACGGAGUCUGAGGAAGAUCUGUAA